UAGUUGCCUCCCUUGCUUGUCUCAUGACUACCGCGGAGCUCAGACACACAACAACCCGGAGUAAACAUGUCUAAAUUUUUACAGAGGAUUCUUUUGUUAUGGACAUUCACCAUCAUCAAUAUUUGCCGUGGUCAAGUCUCACUGAAAUUCAGCACUUCCACUUUGGACAUCGAGUUGGGGCGAAAUAAAACUGUCCACCUCAUCACUGACAAACCAUUGGUAGAGAAUGUUCCUAUUUAUUUUGACUACGAAUAUCACAAAUCUUUUGUUAUCGCUGAGAAACUAAAAAUAAUUACCCCUUUGCGUAAUGUGACACUUGAGGCAAACAACAAAACAGUUGAUCUACAACUGAUCGUUCAGGUAAUGGAAGUCGGUCAUUUGGUCAUAACUGCCAAUACAAAUUCUUCUAAUCUAAGUGUUGCUGGUGCUUUUGUUCGAGUGGAUAUCAAACAUAGCCAUGCUUUAUAUAUCCUCAACAUAAUUGUUGGAUGGAUUUAUUUCAUUGUGUGGACAGUUUCCUUUUACCCUCAAGCAAUUCUAAACUACAAAAGGAAAAGUGUGGUUGGUUUGAAUUUUGACUUUGCUGGCUACAACCUGAUUGGUUUCCUGGCUUAUGGUAUGUUUAAUGCUUUUCUCUACUGGGAUCCUGCUAUACAGAAACUGUAUUUUCAUGAUAAUCCUUAUGGUAUUCUCCCAGUUCAACUCAAUGAUGUAGUCUUUACUAUACAUGCAACAUUGAUCUCCUUGUUCACUAUUGGUCAAAUUUAUGUAUAUGAGCGUGGAACUCAAAAAGUAUCCAAGAUUGGUCAAGUGAUUAUAAUCCUAAUGAUGCUAUUUAUUUUUAUUUCCUUAAUUGUUGCUGGAGCAAAGGCAAUUAAUUGGUUACAGUUUCUGUAUUACCUAUCCUAUGUCAAGUUAUUUGUCACUUUUAUCAAAUACAUACCUCAGUGUCAUAUGAAUUGUGUAAGACGGAGUACAGAAGGAUGGAGCAUAUGGGGUGUCUUGAUGGAUUUUACUGGUGGUACUUUUAGUAUUUUACAAAUGUUUCUACUUUCAUAUAACAACGAUGAUUGGAAAUCUAUAUUUGGUGAUCCAACUAAAUUUGGUCUUGGUGUUUUUUCCAUUGCUUUCGACAUAAUAUUUUGUCUACAACAUUAUUUCUUUCAGAAAAACAACAAAUAUAAACCAUUAAUACAGACAUAAAUUGUCGCAGAAAAGAAGUAACAAUGUGCCUUAUACCACAGAGACAACACUACACCGUUAUACUACAUUAAGCUAUAUAUUCAGCAUAUAUUGACAUUAUAUAAUAGACAUGCAUUAUAUAAUGCACACACAUGUGUGUGUGUAUAUGUGAACAUACACACACACACACAUGCUAGCACAUAUUCACGCAUGCAUGCAUACACAAACACACAUACAUAUACAUAUG